CCGGCUGUCCCGGGGCCAGGCCGCACACGGCGAUGCGCACCGGCUCGUCCCAGCGGCAGCGGCCCGCGGGCUCCAGCGUCACUGUCACCGCCAUCCCCGGCGCGCUGCCGCGGUGCCGACUCGUCUGAGGUGCCUGGUCAUGCCUCCAGGUCCUCCUCUGGACCAGGCAGUGUGGAAGGAAGCAUUUGCUGGGAAACAAUGACUAAGACCGAGAAGGGAAAGACCUUUCUCUCCCAGCAUUUCCGUCAGUCACUCCCCCCACGGCUGGGAUGGGGCAUGAUUUUCUCCUACUUAAAACCAAGAAACAAGGAGGAGUGCGCCUCCGUUUCCAGUGUGCCUCCAGUCUUCCACUCCAGCCCGCAGCACUGUGCAAACCUCAAGAACCAAUAUUUGAAACAGGCAGCUGCAAACCUCACCUUUUCUCGGGAGGUGGUGCAGCAGCGAGGGCUGGCCAGCAUUCCUUACAGCCAAAACAGCUUUGACCAUCUCUACGAUGCAGACGGCAUCAUCCAGCCUCCCCAAGUCAGGAAGCCCCGAGCUGAGAAGCCUGUCAGCUUCAAGUUCCUGGAUUUUUCAGGUCCCUCAACAAGGGUCACCUCCCAGGCUAUGAAGACGGAAAGCUCUGCCAAUCUUAAGAAGCUGAAGAAAUCAAAGCCAGCAAGCGCAGUCCAGGAAGCAUCUGGUCCUCUCAAUCUUCAUCCAAGCAGGGAGCUAGACGUGCUGGAUCUGUCACUUUCUCCAGAUGUGAACCUGGAGGAGAGGGAAACUUGGCUUCCCCCUUCUGAGAAGGAGGCCAGAGCAUGGCAGGCUGUCGUGCUGGAAAAGCUUAACAAGCGCACUGCCCGAUGGAUCCAGAACAAGUGUCCUCUGAGGCCUGGGGUGUCCCCCAGUAAGUGGCAGAGCUUCUUGCACCAGCAAUAUGACUGGAGCCACAUCCGGGAUGAACUCACUUCCUCCAGCGACCUGGAGCUCUUGAAACAGCUGGAGGAAGAAGAGACAGCAGAAUUUGAGGAUCGAAGUGUCGUUCUGCCCACCCAGGAGGAAAAGAAGCCAGAGCUGCUGCUUCCUGUCUAUUAUAGAUUGCCCAAUUACUUGCCGCAAGUGCAGACAGUUGAAAGCAUGCCUGGCAUCAGUAAGACCGCUGAGGACAUCGAUGGAAAGGGGAGUGUCUACCAGCCCCCAAGGCAGAGCUGCUUCCGACAGGUGAAUCCCCGAGCUGGAAAGUUUGCUUACUCCACAGACAACACCUUUGAACAGGAGAUUUACUUUGAUAAAGUCCAGAUCAUCCACCAGAUUGGUGCAAAGAGAGACCAAAUUUUCCUGGAAAACCUCAAUCGAUACAACAAGCAGCUAUCUAAGGUCUUCCCUGAAACCCCAGAAAGGUGGACCUCCCAGCCAGUUCCUGAACCAUCUUGCAGGCCUGUGAAAGGAGCCAUGCGCUGGACAGCUCUGCCCAUACCGGCCAAGGAUCUGCUGCUGCAGGUGGGUGAGGAGGACAUGCCCAUGAAGACCAGGAGACUGAAGAAGCAGUCAGAGUCACUGAAGGAGAACGUGACUUGGGAACUGGUGGUCCUGCGGAGGAUGCUGCAGGAAUGGAAGAUGGCCUGGGCUCUCAUCAUCGAGUGGCACCAUAAGACAAUAGAGAGCCUGCUGCAGAGCUUGGUGGACAUCCAUGAUGACAUCCGCAUCCAAGCCAUCAUCACUUGUGCCACAGCUGCUUUAGAACGGCCCCGUAUUGCCAUCAGCCAGGGGGACUCAGACAAGGAAACCGUCAAAGCUCCAUCUAUCCAGGACUUGCCAGAGGUUCUACAGGCCCCCCUAAAGGCUGCUCUUUGUGACAAGAACGCCAAUGUGCGGAUGGCAGCAGCAGUAUGCCAAUAUGCCAUACAGUCACAUAAUCUUCUUGCCCGGGAAAUCAUGCAGACUGCCCUUUUGAAGGGUAAUAGCGUGGACAGCUGGGCUGCAGCUCAGUGCCUGGCUCUGGAAGGUGCUGCCACUUACCCUGUGAUUACGAGGAUCCUCCAUCAGCUGUUUAACAAGAAGAAUGAGGACACUGAGCAACAGUCUUGCAUGCUCCUGAGCCAUCUAAGUGCGAAGACAACCCUGAUACAUACCAUGCUUGCCGUGGAGCUGAAUAGCCAUCAAUGGAAAGACCGGACUGUAGCCUGCCGAGCUCUCUCCCAGAUUGGUGGAAAUGUCAGUGUGGAUAUGAAACAUAAGUUGAUCCAGCUGAUGUUGAGUGACUGGAAUAAGAAAGUGAGACAAGCAGCUGCCCAAGCUCUGGGGCAAAUGAGCCUUGGGAAAGAGGUGCAUGACACAAUCAGAGUCAAGCUGGGCCAAGGAAACUUCCAGGAGCGUGUGGAAGCCCUCUCCCUGAUUCGUGGGCUCAAGCUCAUGACCGCCAAGCUUCUCCCAAGCUUUCUGAACUGCUUCUCUGAUGACUUCACGGCAGUUCGGCAGGCAGCUUGUUUGGCUGCUGGUGCCCUGCAGAUCCAUGAUAAUAUGGUCCUUGAAUGCCUUCUGAAUCUCAUACAGAGAGAUCCCUGCUGGAAAAUCAAGGCCUUUGCCAUUCGAGCUUUGGGACAAAUUGGCCACGUGAGUCCCCAACUGACAGACCUCCUGCUCUGGGCUAUCCACUAUGAAGAAUCACCAGGUGUACGACUAGAGGCUUGCCGUAGCAUCCUAGCCCUCAAACUUCAAGGAGACCGAGUCAGGGACACCUUCCUAGACGUGCUGCUCCUAGAGAACCAUGAUGCUGUUCUAAAAGAAAUUCACCAUGCAAUGAAGACACUCAACUUAGAAAAUGAAGGAAACCAAGAAAUGCUUCAGAAGAUCAAGAACAGGAUUCAAACACUAAGCCAAAAGGAACUGUUGAUACAGAAAAUAUUCAAGAUUGAGACAGUCAUAGGAAAAGUGAAGGAGGAAGCAAAACGUGUUUACAUGCAACCCAAACAGGGGCAAAAACCACUGAAAUUCCAUACUUUUCUCCAAGAAACUUUUCAGGAUGAGGUGGUGUUUCCUAGAAGUCCGUCUGAGUUCUGUGACACUGAAGCAGUCAUAAAGCCUGUGAGGCCCCGCACACCAAAUCCCUGGUCACAGAGUCCAGUCCCGGGCCUAAACACAAGAAGCAGAGGUCAUUCAUCACUUGUCAAAGAUCUGCGCACUGCCCGGGAAAAAAGAAUUGCGAUGGGACCAUUUGGAUCUGACAACCAAGAUCUCUAGCUAAGUAAAAACUCAGGUUUUUUCCAGGGUCAUGUCCUCUUCCCCUAGAAGGAAAGGUAAUUAUUUCUAGGAUGAGCCCUUCUCUCGCUCCAAGACACAGGCAGCAGUGGACCUAGUCACAUUCUUCUCUUUAACUGAUGUUGUGUAUCUCUUUGUCAUUAUGUUUAUAAAGAAAACUCUGUUUAACAGUAAACCUGGCUCUUUAAUGUGCACCAUUUACACAGAGGGUUAAAGAAAAUUGACAUCACAUUAGGUGACAGUCCAUAUUUUGCCAUAACCCAGAAAAGUCAUAUACUAAAUAUAGGUCAGAACUCCAAAUUUUACUAGAAUAGAAACAUUCAAAGACCCAGAAUCUUUUGUAAGCUAUACAAGGAGCCCUUUGAAACCCAAACUAGAAUCCCAUUAAUCGAGGAAAGAAAAUCUUAAGUGAUGUUUUCUAUCUACAAGUCUAGUCUUGUUCUAGAGCAAGUUCUUUAACUGCAGCCCAGAAGGCAAUAAGGAAGCCAUGUCACUGGACUGUUACAAGAAAACAGAGCUAGUACAAUAUUUUCCACCUUGUACUGCGUGGGUGGGUGUGAACACUUUUAGAUCCCUAGGAAGCAUUGCUGCAGUUUCACAAGGCUGAGUAGCAAUUCUCAUGAGCCUCCUUAAUGUACUUAAUGCUUAAAAGAUUAAGGCAUCACGGGAGAGUUACAAACUGUUAUCUGUAUCCUAAGCUGGGAUCCCGUAAGACCACACAAUACCCAAAAAACUGCCAUGCACGAGGAAAGAUCCAGAACUCAUAGUAGUGUGCAUCCAGCUUUCUUUCCUAAAUAUUGAUUGCUGUUUACACCCUAAACAGCUUUGGGACAUUCAGUGAUUAAAAUAGAGCCAAUAUGAAUUUCUCUCUCCAUUUUUCUCCCCCUAAUCAGAUCCUCUCUUCUGGUUGCACUGUUACGAUCAGAAAUAUAAAAAGCAAUAAUUUCCACUAUGAACACCUAGCAGCUAUUGAACAUGGCGGAAAAAAGAACUUUGGGGGGAUAUCAGUUAAGUAUGUAAAAGAAAAUCUUCCCUUUUCCUGACUCAUGUAAUCCAUGUUUUUAUUUAUUAAUUUACACACUUCAAGUUAAAUACUAAGCCAAAAAGCACCAUCACAUACAUCAAAAUUAUUUCCACAUCUAUCAAGUCUGAAGAUUCUGAGAUCUGGCUGCCAUGAGACAUUUGAGACAAUAAAUAAUUCUGUGUGAGUACUUUCUCAGCCCCUCUAUCUUUGACUUUGUCAUUUCCUAAUGAAAGGACUUUAUUGUGCUCUCUGCAUCACUGGCAGGAACAAGAAGCCUGAACGGAACCCUUCAGUCAGUCAGCAAGGCCAAACAGAGGGUCUAUUAGGCCUUCGGCACUCUGGGAGAUGUAGCAGAAGCAGCAGAAAUGGCCCUUGUCUUUGAGUGUACAAAGGGUUCUAUAAAACACACAUAUAAGAACCUUUGAAAGACAGUAUGCUUAAUCUAGUAGGAAUUGUGGGGUACACAGAAGAUGUGUUGUAGGAGUCCAGGGGAGAAGGGCGCUGGAGUAGUCAUGGGUCUCAGGGAUAGCACGAGCCUUAGAUAGAGUGAGGGGAGGAGGGAAGAUCUUCCAGGUGGGGGGAAGGACACGAGAAAAGCUGGAUGAUGGAACUCGGCAGGGCUCCACGACAGCUCCAUUUUCCUCUUGUGUUUCCAAAUCGGUUCACUUGUUGCUUCACAGUAAAGAAGCAGGUCAUCCAUUCUCCUUGCCCUCGUGCUUUCUAGCUGUAUCUAUUCAUAUUAAUAAACUGCUAUAAUGACAAAAUAUUCCAGAGAUCCUUGCCUGUCCUUCCAGACUGAGGCAGUUGUGGGAGAGUCUUCCCGCACAGAAUGUUUCGGCUGUCUCCUUUCCAUUGCUCCUUUUUCCAUUUUUUGUCUCCUUUCUUCUGCCACAGACAUUCGCUAACUCCACAGGUUGAUUAGACAAGGGAUUGCUGCCUAUCCUACUUUAAAAGGAAGCUUCUGUUUGGCCCAAUUUGUGGGAGAAACACUAUGCUGACCUUCUCUUGGUCAAGAUCUAGAGAAAUUUUCCAUUUUUCAACAAAGAUUCACGUCCUUAUUAGUUUACAUAUUCCAUCUAAGUUAGCAUCCCUUAGUGAACUACAUCAACAGAAAUCUUCCUGACCAGACUAACAGCAAAGAGGGGGCGGUGGGUCAGAAGGAAAACACCUGCGUUAGAAUUUGUUCUUUAGAAUUUGUUCUCUCCCAUCCCACAACCUCCCAUUGGUUAUCACUUAAUCGUCCCACUCCAUCGCAUCCUUUCUGGAAGAGCUAUACUGUCAACAAAUAGUUACCAAAUGCAUGUAUUAUAUUUAGGCAUCAUGGCUGUGCCAGGAAGUGUAAGACAGUUUUUCUGACUCUGAGGAGUUUUUUUUCUUACUGGAUAAAAGGGGCUCAUUUGUUGGAGGCAGCAGCAUCAGGGCCUCUCAGAGGUCAAGAGUGAGCUGGAUACUCUGACUUUUUUGAGACUUCAGCAAUAUUUUUAAAAAUGAAGUGCCAAAAUGAAAUUUCUAAAAAUACAGUAGGUUUUUAAUGUAUCCACUUAAAUUAUUGCUUUUAACACAAAAAAUUACAAUGACUAACUUUUGAAACAAUGUCAAAAAUCUAAAUUAACAUGAAUGUUCAUAGCAAUAUUAUUCAUAAUAGCCAAGAAGUGGA